CUAGGAGGACGCGCGGACAAACGGACAGGCGCGAGGUGGAGGUGGGGACGAUGCGGCCAGGACCUCUGCUGGGCACGCAAACCUGGACCCGGACUGGAACACGGACCCGCACACACGCAGCCUGGAUAGGAGACACACGGACAGAGGGACAUAUGGAUACAGUCAGGCUCCACCCCACCAAGCCCCACACCAGCUUCUCUGGAGAAAGGCAGCUCUCACCAGGGCAGCCCCUGGAGGCUCCUACCCCCAGAGGAGAAAGUAGGUCUCACGGCAAGACAGCAGUCUCCAGGUGGAUAUGUGGGGGCCAGGACAGCUCUGUGGGAUCUCACCAACCCCACCAGCGCCCAGGUGCUGAGACCAAGGUGCUGAGAGGCUAGAAGAGAACUUCAGCCCUGCCUGACAGACAGGGUUCAGCCUCACUCCCACUCACCACUCACUCAGGCAAGUCGCCAAACAUCCCCAGCCUCAAGUUUCCUCAUCUGCAAAAUGGGACAAUAAUGACCUCCCUCCUAGAGUGGUUGGGAGGGUUAAACCGCAGGGCGCGUGGAGCACAGCUGGUACCGCACCAAGUACCAAAUAAACACACAUUUGCUGUGAACUUGCUGCUUCUGAAUAAUCCCAUUAAAAUAUUAAGAAUUUU